AUGUAUCCCGCCGUCUUUGAGCAGCUCCUGCUGUUUGUGGAGUUCUCCUGCAAACCUCCUCAGUAUGGGAAGAUGGAGACCAAACAUGUGGCCAAUGCCAAAUACAACCGGGUGUGGUAUCAGCAGCUCUUUAUAGGGCUCCGCACAGGAGAGACGCACACAGAUCAGCUUGUGUCAAAGGUGGUGCAGUUGAUCAGCACAGGGAUUUUACCAUUUGCCAAUUUCAUACCCAAAGAGUUCGUCGCUGGUAUCAUGAGCUUGCUCAAUAAAGGAUCGAUUCACUCCCAGUCAUCAUCAUUCACAGAAGCUGAAAUGGACAUCUGUAUGCGGGAGGAGUUCUCCAAGGCGUGUUUCGAGACGCUCCUGCAGUUCUCCUUCAGUAGUAAGGAGUCGAUGUCGCAGGAGGGCUUCAUCUCAUGCAUGGCUCUGUCUGCGCUGCUGCAGCGGGCGCAGGACGUGCUCCAGAGAUACGUGGAGGACCAGAGACUGCUGCCCAGGCAACAAGUGACUGAGAUCAUCUUGGUGUUAAAAGCCCUCAGCACUCUCAUGGAUUCCCUGAAGAAGACUCAACCAGAGAACAGUGAGACGGUGAAUGGGAGCGUGUGGGCUCAGGUGAUCGCGCUCUACCCGACGCUUGUGGAGUGCAUCACCUGCUCGUCUCCUGAAGUAAGCUCCGCCCUCUAAGAGGCCCUGGGGCCCUUUAAAGACUUCAUGCAAGUGCCUGUCUCCAAAGUGCAGAACGGCGAAUCGUGACUGAAUGUUUUUAUUCCACCGCAAACAUGAAUGUGACUGUUUCAUACGCUGUGCGUAAGGACGGUUGAUUGACAGCUCCAAAUCACAACCUCCGAAGCCUUUUCUAAUAUGAGCUGAUGGUAGACUCUGAUUGGCCGACUUUAACCAUGUAUUAACAGUUAUGUUAAAUUUGCAGUGUUUGUUGUUUUUAUGGGUUUUUGGUUCUCAAGGAGUUAAUGUAAAGUGUUUGGUGAUGGUGUUAAAGAUUUAAUUAAUAAUGACCUAUUUGGAUUAAAAAAUUUAAUCCAAAAAUCUUUUUUUUUUUUUUUAAAAGAACGAAAAGUCAUAAUUUGUGUGAAAUUUUCUUAACAGCAAUGGAUUUUAUGCAAGAUUAUACUGUAACAUUCCCUGUCAUCGUUAGUAGCAUUGAGAAGGGCAUGUACAAUAAUAAAAGGUACAGUUCUGUGAACAUCA